CGUAAUAUCGAAGGUAUAUAGAAAUAAACUAAUGUAAAUUGACGUGAAAUAAAAUGUCGUGAUACCGAGAAAAAGCCGACCAUCGUCGUAAAUCAACGUACAGGACAAACAAGAAUUUAGAAGUAACCGUUAACUUUGAAGAGACUAGUUUAGAAAUGGCGUUUUCACUUAGAAAGAUGUUGUCGAACAUUACGUAUUUUAAAAAGCCAGGGGAGGACAGUAGCCCUGAAGCGGAGGAUGGGAUGGUAAUUCAUUCGCGAGAUACGUACAUAUCUACACAAGAUACUUCCAGUUUAACUUUCGAUCGCCCUGAACCUGAUUCUACGUCUCUACAUUGCAGUAAUAGCCUGAAAUUGCCAGAUUCCGUCAAACAAUUCGCUGCCAAAAAGGGUUCCUUGUCUGAUACAGACAUUUUAGCUAAUAUUGAGGUACCAACGAAGAAAGAAAAGAGGAAAGGCAAGAAAUUAAAGUUAGAUAUUAAAAAAGCAAGCCAAUUCAUGUGUGAGAUGAGCACGCACAGUUCGAAUGAUAUCGAAAACACACCUAAACAUAUUCUCCUAGACUGUAAGAGCGCAGAUUUGUUCAGUCAACGUAUUAAAGGGUUCGAUUUUAAUAAGUCGUUUGAGAUAUUUGAUGGUAUGUCCGAUGAAUCGAGUUAUGAAGACUUUGAAAUUGAUUCCGUGUCAGUUCGGUCCGAUACGGAUAUAUCUUUAGUGUCUGAAAAUGAGAAGGAACCCGUGCAAAUGUGCCGGAAGGUGGAUCCUGAUACUAAUGAUAAUCAGCUGGUGCCAUCGGCCACGCCGGAGUCAUUUGCCGAUGUGGAACUGGAUAAGAAUGAAGAAGAACGAAUCUCACUACUGUUAAACUAUCAGAUGAAGCUGGAGAGAAUGGAAUGUUUUCUGAAGAAGUUACUCUCCGAAUUUCAAUUCCACAUCGAAGUCUCUAAAGUCUUCAACUGCAGAUCUGUUGUUACAACCCUACCUGGUACGGAUGUUAGUAAGAUACCCAAAACCCUCGGCGAAGUCACUUAUAUAGACAACCUGAGCCGCGGAGCCAGUCCCACUGGCUCCUGGAACAUCAUAAUGGAGAAAGAGGACUGCAUAACAAAAUUCAAAGUUAAGAAGCAACUACUUUCAAUGAAGCACAAUAUUGAUACAUUCAUCAACAUCUAUUUGCAAAACAGAGAAACAGAGAAGAAGUUAUUGACUGAUGAAAGCAGAAGUUUGACAUACGAUAUUGAUAAGUCAAAACGGUCACAGAAGCGGCUUCACAUCAGCUCCAAGAAGAAACACAAGCGCUUCGACUACCCUGAUAUAAGAGAGGCAAUGCUCAACUUAUUCUCGGAAGACAAAGAUGACUCUAGUGUCUCUGGCAAUAAUGUAACCCAGCUUCUGAGUGAUUAUGACGAGUCAGACAUGUCCAAAUGUGUCUGUCGUUGUCGCUUCCACAGAUCUCCGUCAACUGAGAGUGAUUCUGGUGUCACGACCAAAAACGACAGAUCAUUGUCCAGCCAAUCUAUAACUUCAUCCAUAGGGAACUUUAGUUUGGACUCGUCAACAUUAACUGCUUAUUCGGAGUCCCUGGAUCAGAUUGUUAGUUACAACAGCUUCCAAGACACAAGUCUUUACAGCACCUUGCUACAGAAAGCAGCGAUUGAGCGCAUUACCUUCUAUGUUCAAGUUCAUAGCAUACAACUGAAAUGUGAGCAGGCAGAAGAAGACUUCGAGACCAAGAAUGUCAUAACGUUCCACUGUCCAGCAUGUAAGACGGUAGAAGGUGAUGAGAAUGGUCUUUUAAAGCAUAUUUUAAGUCAAACACACUGCGAGAAGAUCCAUUUCUUAUACAAAACAGCUUAUAUUAAGAAGUGUAUGUCGGGUGGUAAGGAAAUUCAGCCCAGCACAGUUCUGAAUCCGAUGGUAAUGUACAGGGAUGAGAAUAAGAUAGUUUGCUUCGGGGAUGCAAUGUUUGCAUGUUCGUUGUGCUUCGAAAAUCUGAUCAUCGGCGAGUCGGUCUUGAUGGCUCACUGCGCGGACCCGGAGCAUUUGGAGCGCAAAGAGAAGUUGUCAGACUUAUUAGAAUAAGUGCAUGUUGCAUGUAUUUGUCUCUUAUUAUUUGUUUUUUAAUAUCAACAUCUCGAUCUGGCAUUGGGAAAGAAUUCAACCGAUUCACAAUUAUACAAUUUAAUUUUAUAAUUAACAGAACAGUCUUCCAUUUUGAAUUUUCUUUUUUUUUUAUUUCUAAACAAAUGAUACGAGGCAAAAGAAAGUUGAUUGUUGUAUGUUAUUUAUGAUAGGAAUUUGUAUUCAUUAUUAUAAUAUUAAUCAAUUAUGAUUAGUGUGCUAGUUAACAUAUAGUGUACGAAUUAUUGACACAUCAAAAUUUACACGCAAGAAAUAGAUUUUACAUGUUUUUUACCAAAUGGUUGUGAUCAUACUCAUCAGAAAUUUAUAUGUUGAAUAUUUUUUACAACCGCAAGUAAUUCAUUCUAGAUCAUUCCCAUUACAUGAAAUUAGUACCUACUGGUGAGUUUGUACGAUUUACUCACUAAAAACUAAGACUUUUAUAAUCUGUUUUCAUGUCUUGUCUGUGUACUGUUAUUUUUAUCUGUUUCUUGUUGAUUCGACUGUUUUUCUCUACUCAAAUUAUACACGAUCUCAUUUUAUAAAGAAUUAUGAAGUGUCCUUUUUUAUUAAGAAAAAAGAGACCAAAUUCAAUUGUGAUUUUUAGCUAUAAAAAAUUGUGUUGUAUCGUCGCGGUAAGCAUGCUUGAAAACAAAAAAGUAAUAUUUUUCGUGCAUCGUUUCUACUUAUGCUUAAAUUGUUUUUAGAAAAAAACUAAUACAUUUUAUUAUUUAUGGUAUGGUUAUGAUAUUUUUGAGAAAAUUUCUCAAGCAUGUUUCCCGUAUUUUGUGUUCAGAUGUAAAACCUCACUGCCAUAUUAGAGUACCGACUUAAAAUAUUGUGUUCAUAUUGUGUCCAUUUUUAACCGUAUUAGACAAUAUUAGACCAAAACUUACCUUUUGUUGGGUUCGCUGUCACUUCGUUAAUUAUAAUAUUACUAAAACAAGUGCUAUUUAACGUUACUGUGUCAAUAGGAACUAAAUACAAUCAAUUUUCAAAAAAAU